GCUUGGGGAGGUUGCUUGCAAUUUUUCAGUUUUCACACUGACAAAUCAGGCAUGUAGAAAGGAAAAGGAGGAGGGAGAAGGAGAGGGUGUUGGGAAUGAAGAGAAGACUAGUCAAACGAAGGAGCUACUCCUUUACAAUAAAAGUCAUCUCUAUACCAUUUUCCUUUCUGCCACCUUCUAUUUAUAUUUUUUAUACCAUUAACAUUUUAAAAUCCUUACCAGCUGCCCCCAACUAGUUUAAAUAGUCUACAUUCCAUCAGGUCUUUUCUUGAAUGAACGUGUAGGAUUUAAGUGAGAUGAACUGAUUUUUUCUCUUUUUUUUUACUGUUUACUGACUACAGAAAGGCAGGUGUCAUCCCUACUGGACACUCUUCAACCAAAGGCUCAUCACUUCUGAAAACACAAUUGUUAGCCAUGGACGUCUUUAUGAAAGGUCUUUCCAAAGCUAAAGAGGGAGUUGUGGCAGCUGCAGAAAAAACCAAGCAGGGUGUGGCGGAAGCAGCAGGAAAGACAAAAGAGGGCGUCCUUUACAUGGGUUCCAAGACAAAAGAAGGCGUUGUGCAUGGAGUUACAGCAGUGGCUGAAAAGACCAAAGAACAAGUUUCUCAUGUGGGUGGAGCAGUAGUUACAGGAGUGACUGCAGUAGCACACAGAACAGUGGAGGGUGCUGGAAACAUUGCUGUUGCCACAGGACUAAUGAAGAAGGAUCAGAUGGGUAAACAGAAUGAAGAAGGCUUGGGACAUGAGGAAAAUGCAGACAAUGUGCCAGCAAAUUCAGAUGAGACAUAUGAAAUGCCGAAUGAGGGAGUGUAUCAAGAUUACGAUCCUGAAGCAUGAAGACUGUGAGCAAGUGGCACGACGAUAGAUAUUCAUAAUACAUUCCAAUGUACCUAUUCUCAGAUUUUAUUUCUUUUUUAUUUAAUAACUGUACAUGGAAGUCUUCCAUCAGCUACAUAAAGGACCACUAACUACAGCUCAUUGUCUGGUUAGUUAAUUCCACCCCAUUCUGAAGAUCAGCAGUCAAUGGGGUCUAUGUGUGUGCUAUGGAUGUGAUGGCUUCAAAG